UUUGUUAUGUCUACCAGCUGAUCAACAGCGCGAUCGUUGCAGCGAAGCUGGAAAUUAAUGCCAAAAAGAAAAACCGGUCUAUUUUCGUGUUGUUUUCAUGUUUAUUGCUUCUUUGUUCGUUUGGUUAAGGAUUAAGGAUUAAUUUAGCAGCCAACAAGAACCCUCUCCAGAUGAGCAACCCGACCGUCAGUGUUCUGUGCAGGCUGGGCCACAACAAACUGGCCUGCUGCGCUGGGGUUUAGGUGUAGCAGCAAAUAUUAACUGUUACCAAAUGAUACAAGUGGAAAUAAUGGACAUUGUAACAGCUGUAAGAUCUUCCAGUGAUCUUCAGAGGAUCAGUGACUAAAAUAAUAAUAAUAAUAAUAAUAAUACAGACUGUGCUCUAGAGAUUGUUUGCUAGAACAGAACAGCUGAAGAAGGACAAGAGACAUAACUGUCAUAUAUUAGGCUACCUGUUGUCCUCCAAUGUCAGACAGAGCAGUCAUUACCAUAACAUACAUAUAGCUAUCACGGAAUCUCUUAGAAAUUGAGUAAAAUGUGGUUAAAACUGUUUUUCUUGCUCCUUUACUUUUUGGUUUUGUUUCUCGUGGCUCGAUUUUUUGAAGCCAUUGUGUGGUAUGAGACGGGAAUCUUUGCCACCCAGCUGGUGGAUCCUGUAACACUGAGCUUUAAAAAGCUGAAGACCAUCCUAGAGGGGAGAGGACUGGGGUACUCCGGCCUGGCCGAGAAGAGGGACGUCAGAGAGCUGGUUGAAAACUCUGGAGACCUGAUGCAAGGGGAGCUCUAUUCAGCUUUAAAAAAUGAAAAAGAAGAAGAAGCAGGAUCAGAUUCCAGCACCAGUUUUAGUGGGGAGAUGCACUUUUAUGAGCUAGUGGAAGACACGAAGGAUGGCAUCUGGUUGGUCCAGGUAAUAGCCCAAGAGAGAAAUCCACUACUGAGCACAGCCAACUGGGGGAAAAUGGUACAGAAGGUUUCUCGCUUUGGCAUCCGCACUGGCACCUUCAACUGCUCGAGUGACUCCAGAUAUUGCCAUAAACGUGGCUGGAUGAAGUCCACUCUGAUCAUGUCAGUUCCCCAGACGUACGCCUCGAAAGGAAAGGUCAUACUGAAAGAGUAUAACGGUAGGCGCAUUGAAACGGAGCACAUCUUCAAAUGGAUGACCGCGCACGUCGCGUCCCGCAUCAAGACCAUCCGUUUCUCACAACAGUUAAUGGAGGACUGGUACCAGAGAGAAAAGCAGCCCGUGAAGAUGUUCUUGUUUGCCAAACUGCUCCAGCCCCCUGCCUUCUUCUCAGCCCUCAGCAUCAAAUUCACAGGGCGCAUCGAGUUCAUCUUUGUUGACGUUCGCAACUGGGACAACACCACUUGCUUGGAGGAAAUCGGGGUGCGACAGAUGCCUUCGUAUAUUCUCAAAACACCAGAGGGUAUCUACAGAUAUGGCAACAGCACUGGGGAGUACAUUUCUUUGCAUGCCAUGGACACGUUCCUACGCUCUGUUCAACCAGAGGUCAAUGAUCUGUUUGUUCUAAGCUUGGUCAUGGUCAACCUGAUGGCCUGGAUGGACCUUUUCAUAACACAAGGAGCCACGAUUAAGCGCUUUGUGGUUCUGAUCAGCACGCUAGGAACCUAUAAUUCUUUACUCAUCAUUUCUUGGCUCCCUAUUCUUGGAUUCCUUCAGCUACCAUAUUUGGAUAACUUCUAUGAAUACAGUCUUAAGCUGCUGCGCUACGCAGACACCACCGCUCUCGCCUCUUGGGUCAGGGCAGAUUGGACCUUCUAUUCUUCCCACCCGGCACUUUUCCUGAGCACAUACCUGGCCCAUGGGCUCCUCAUAGACUACUUUGAGAAGAAGAGGAGAUGUAGCAAUGAAGACCAAAAUGCAAACAACCUGGAGUGGCUGUCCAGCCUUUGGGAUUGGUACACCAGCUAUUUGGUACAUCCCAUUGCUUCCUUUCAGAAUGAGUCAGACUGGGAUGAUGAUCCUAAUUUCAUUUUAGACAGGUUGGCCUUCCCUGACCUGUGGCUUCGCCCACUUGUUCCCAUAGACUACAUCAAAAAUCUGCCCACUUGGAGGUUCAGGUGCACACAGUCAGAGAGGACCGUCAGAAUGGACCAAGUUAAUCCAACAAACAAGAUGGUGCACCCGUCGUUCACGGAACCAGGUCGUGAGCAGGAAGAACAAGACAACAGUGCAGAGAGGGCUCAUACCGGUGAAAGGAGUGCAGCUGGGAUGAGGUCUCGAGAAUCCUGGUCUUCUGGAGAGGAACGGGACACCGAUUGGUCCCAGUGGCCCUGUGGCAUGCUUCAUUGCACAGAAUGUGUUGUUUGUUUGGAGAACUUUGAAACGGAAUGCCUUGUCAUGGGACUGCCGUGUGGCCACGUGUUUCACCAGCAGUGCAUCGUGGUCUGGCUGGCAGGCGGGCAGCACUGCUGUCCAGUGUGUCGGUGGCCAUCUUAUAAGAAGAGACCAGCAAGACAACCCUAUGCAGAUUUUCCACCUGAACCAGAAUAGCAUAUUCCACUGAUUGGAAAUUUGAUUCACCAUACAUAACUUAUGAAUUCUUGAUGUGCCCAUUGUUAGUCUGUAGGCCUGUAGAUCCAUGUUAUUAUCCAUGAGUCCUGUUUUAAUUUUUGGUGGUAUGAACCUACAUACACAUUAGUGUGUUAUGGCUUUUUUCUUUUUUUCUUCUUCUUCUUCAAGAUGUUAAGCCUAGGCAUGGACUAAAUAUUAAUUAGAAAUGUUGAACUAAUUUUUUUUUUUUUAGUCCAUGACUAAUGCUUAAUCGAUACCAAAAACCAGCCUACUGGCUACGUAAAUCUUGCUAACAUGAUUUAAAUAUAUACUUGGAGAAUACGUGUGAAAAGUACAGUUUUAUAAUGGGCAAAGUGAGGCACUUUUGUUUGUAACAAAGAAAGUAAUGGCACAAUUGUUGAAAAGACAAGUUUCUAUCUUAGCUCUUAUGAAGUUUAGCGAUGAGAUGAAAGUUACAAAAAAAAAAAAAAAAAAAUUCCCAAUCAGAGUUCCAUGUACGUUCAAUGUGUGUUCGGUUUCUAAAUGUAACGGAUUACGAUAUAAAAUUAAGUUUCAGAACUUGUGUAAUACAUUACACAAAUCAACCGCAGCUCAACCUAGGCAGCUCAGCUGAUUUAUUAGUCAUUUCAUCCUUAGAUCUUUCUCAGGUGGACAGUUCUGACCAGUAUCUAAUAUAGUGGAGGUUUUUUUUUGGGGGGGGGAGAGGAGGGUGAGGGGGGGUUUCUAAUAGAGUAAGAGUGUUGGUGAUUGUUUAGUUAGUUCCUGAUCGUCUUCGAGUAGCAGUCUGAGAGGACAUUGAGUCAAAAUCAUACCGUCACAUCAAGCAAAGCUGGCAUAGUGUUGAAAACAGAUGGUCCUAACUUUAGGCAUUGCCACGUAACAAUUAAAUCCCCGCACAGGCUUUCAUACGCAGUUCAAUUUAAGCAAGGAGCAAGAUACGAGGGACCUUACGGUGACAUUAUAUAAUGGCAAACUCAGUCCACAAGUAGUUUUAUGUGGGGAUGGGCAUGCCCACAGAAAUGUGGGUGAUAGUUCAGUUUGAUCUCCAGUUAACUGUUCAUUUACAGGUGGUUAAAUUUAGACUAUGGGCAGAUUGACUCUUCAUACGGAUAAAAACGAAGUCUUAUCAAAAUAGAUCCUGAAAACAAAACGCAAUAAAUAUGAUAUUACGUACAACUGUGUAGUAAAAUCCGUCAAAAUACUACUGACCCGUUUUACUGUUAUUUUGAUUUAUCCGAGCUCAUUUUCCAUCCACGAAAAUACGACCCUUCUACAUGACUCACUGGCCACGUUAAAGGUCAGCUUGCUUAUAUCAAGCCGAUGUUACGCAAUCAAGCAUUUCUAAGACGGAAGGAUGUCUGGACCUUAACCGGCGUUUAUUUUUUCGACACUGCUUUUGAAAUGUGUAAAAUUACGGCGUCGUGUCCAUGACGCUUGACAAACCAGUCCGUUGAAACCAGUCAGUCACCUUAUAUUUAAUACACACAAAAGAAGAAAACAAACUUGAAAAACAUGCUUGAAUACCAGGUAAAAUGGCCGACUUGGCCUUCCUGCUAGAUUCCGCUACUCCAUCACGAAUUCAUUUUUCUUUCGGCGAAGCAUGGGACUUGUGUUUUGUUUUGUUUUUUUUCCAGAACAGAAUAUAUACAUUGUAAUACCAUUAUUAAUGCCCUUACCCCACUGACAUACUCCAGCUGUUUUGUGUGAAUUUGAAAACAGACAUUGGAGCAUUGGUUUAUUGUGCUGUUCGAUCCAUUAAAGUUGACUUUCACGGU